CGUUACCAAAUUUCCCGCCAUCGUCAAAAAUUUGCCGCGAAACGGAGGAAGCCGGACAGGCAAAGGAUCUUGCAAAUUCCUACCUUCUAUAGAAGCUCUGUCAGACCACUAACAUAUUUCCAGGAUGCCCUCUGUGGAAGACUGGCUGCACAACCCUUUGGGAAUCAUCCAGGGGAUUUUUGACCAGCAUGGUGACUCGGACCUGCCACUGAAAGUCGGGGAAUAUUUCCAGAACAGACUGGGAGGAAAAGAUGCCUUGGCCUGGGUCCCGUCGCUGAAUGACACCCCCCUGCACCACCUGAAGCCCAACAGCCUGGUGAAGUUCCGCUGUAUGGUGCAGGACAUGUUUGACCCUGAGUUCUAUCUGGGGGUGUACGAGGUCACUGACACCAAGUUUUAUUUUUCUCUGAGAAGUGGAAGAUACAAGGACAUUGCAGAAUGUUUGCCCCAUCAGGAAAUCAACCUGGAGUCGUCCCAGAAUGUGACCCUUGACCGGCAGACCCUGUACUGUGUACCUGUGCCGGGGGAGAACCCCUGGGUCAAACAGGGCUUUACUAACUCCAGCCAGGCCCGCGUCCUGCCUUCUACAUCCUACCAACCCGUUAGGAACAAGAGAGGGCUGGAAGAGGAAGAAGAUCAGACUCCUCUGCCCGGUAACAAUGCCCCUACCAGUGAGGGUCAGAACUGCAGCAGGGAAGUUUCAAACACUCCUGAACCUGAAAGCACAGAGGCAAAACGGACAAGGACAGAAGAUGAAGCAGGUGCUUUGCCCAGCCCUAUUCCAGACUUGAACUUCCCACUUCCAGGGGAAACAGGUCCAGCUUGCCUUGUAAAGGUAUAUCAAAGCAGCGACAGUCUGAAGUUGAAUGAUGUUAUAGAGUUUGUGGGUGUGCUGUCAAUCGACCCUGCAUUGGCAACAUUCAAUACUGCAGCCGGGGAGACAGCGACAUCGGCCUAUGAGGACGGAGGAGACAUGAUGGAUAUUGAGGAACAGGCCGCCCACAGUCCGCCCCCCUCCCUCGUGCCCAGACUCCACGCCAUCCUGACGAACAAGUUGGUCCAUACCAACCCAGGGCUACCUGUAGACCUCACCACACCAACAGCCGUGUCUGGUAUAACAACGCUGACGUCUGAGGUUCCACAGAUAAGACAACAGCUGUGUUCACUGUUGACUGAAGCUCUACUUGGAGACAGCCUUGCUGCAGAAUAUCUCCUACUCCAUCUUAUUUCAUCUGUCUAUGGCAGGAGAGAUGUGGUGGCUCUGGGCAAGUUCUCCCUGAACAUUAGUGGCUGCCCAGGAGAGACCAGCUAUCCCCAACUACUCUACAGACUACUGCAAGAAUUAACUACAAAGUCUCAUUUCCUACCGUUAACCCUGGCCAAUAUGAACUCCCUGAGGAUAAUUCCCAAGAAAGACUACACAGCUAACAGGCUGUUGAGUGGGGUACUACAGCUGAGUGAGAGAACACUGCUGGUACUGGAUGAAACACAGCUGGAACCUGGACAGCUACAAACGACAGGAGUGCUGAAUGUGCAGGCCUUAGGUACUGCGGUGCAGUGGCAGAAGGUGGACUAUGACUUUGACUUCCACAAGACAGAGUUUCCCUGUAACCUGAGAAUGUUACUGCUGUCAGAGGGCAGGUCUCUCAUUCAGACUGACUGCCAAGUGCCCCUCCAGCCCCCCUCCCCACCUCAACAACUCGAGAACACCUUCCAGCGUGUCCAGGCAUCGCUGACUGGAGAUUACCUGGCCAAGGUGCGAUCCUACCUGACUGUGACAGAGCUCAUGGAAUACACAUUGCCAGAGGACAUACAAAAGGUGAUUGAAGAGGACUUUGUCCAGAUGCGCAGUGCCGACCCUAAGAACAUGACUGCAGAGGACCUACACUCACUACUAGUGGUGGCAAGGCUCCUUGCCCUGAGUAUCGGCCAGACCACCCUGUCUCAGGAAGUGUGGGGUCGAGCCAAGCAGCUGGAGACAGAGAGGAAGACCAGGGUGAAGGCACAGCCCCAAACACAGGCCAGAACGUAGUGAGACACCAGCAACGACUUCCCAAGUACACAUUGUCAAGCCAUAGGACUUACAGGAAAUAUGCUUCAAAUCAGACUCAAUAGGUCAGGAAAACUUGUCAUGCCAUGUUUUCUCGAUCCGUUACCACUAGAACUGGAAGUUAACCUCCUUGCUGCCUAAUCAAUACAGAUUUGAUGCCAAAAGCCAUCCUGAGCAGGAAGGUCGAAACAAGGGUGAUGUCUGAUCCCCUAACCUUGAGGGGUACAAUUGUUGAGACACAGUCUAUAGUAAGAUGGAUCCUUUGUGAAUCUCACUCCACUUAGACAAUGAAUUAACAACACACAAUGUAUGCUUUACAUAGCUCUUGAUGUGCUUGUAAUGGCUGUGGCAUAUUGUUUUGUUGUUCUUUGCAAUAGGGCAAGAAGAGUGUAGAAAUGUAUAUUUACCUUUUUCCAUUAUGUGGUGUGUCAUACUCAGUAUACAUAUAUUUUUGUUAUUGCUGUUGAUUAUUAUCAUGAUGUGCAUCAAUAUGGCAUCACAUUUUCUUCACUUUUUGCCAUUACAAUUAAGUUCAUAUAUUGUAAAUGGAUGUGAGUUUAUUGGUAUUUGAUAUCACGUUGGAGGGAAAAGUGAGUGUUUGCGGUAAUUUUAAGUUUGCACUUGAAACAAGGGGAUAGGCUGGCAGAAGAAAACAGGCAUUUUUAUGGUAGUUUAAAGUUUGACUUUGAGGUGAAGCAAUUACCUUGAACAUCACAAGUAUAAAAUCACUGCAAGUCCUUGUAACCAGACAAAUCUUUGAAUAAUGGCAAAUCAAUUCUUCACCUUAGACAUGGAUUUGAUAUGUAAUGAAAUGAUUCCAGUUUUCAAUAUAUGUAUUCCAUGGGUUCUGAGUAACCCCCUUACAAAUUGUAAGUAAAACAUAUGUACCAAUAGUGUUCUUUCUAAAGUUUGUCUAAUAUUGUAUUCAUGUCUGUCAUUAUUGACAUGUCAAGAAAAUAAUCUGAAUAUACAUGUUUAUGAAUGUAUGUACUUGCACAAUUAAGCCCUGUCUUCUCUAGCUUUAUGUAAGAUGCAUUUGUGGUGUGAUCAUAAGUAUUAAAGAUUUCUAAAAGAG